GAACAGUUUCACUUUAAAUUCGCAUACGCACGUUGGACGCAUGGUUGUGAAAGAAGAAAUGGUUCUCCUAAGUUCAUGUUCCCCUCCAGAUGAGGGGAUACGAAAAAAGCAGGAAAAUACGUCAGCAUUUGUUGGCGAAAAAGCACUUGGGAAAGGCACGCUGUUUAUUGCAGAAAGUUGUUUGUCAUGGCAGAGUUCAGAACAUGAAGGUCAAGGAUUUUCCCUACAGUAUCCUGGUAUAAGUAUACAUGCUGUAUCCAGAGAUUUAACAGCCUUUCCACAUGAAUGUUUAUAUUUGAUGGUUGAGGGAGAUUUAACUGAUGAUGCUAACAGAGAGGAUGAAGAAUCAGAUGAUGAAGAUAUUGACCCAUCAACAGAGAUGAGAUUUGUACCAGACGAUAAAACUGUUUUGGACCAGUUAUAUAAAGCCAUGUCAGACUGUCAGAUAUUGCAUCCGGAUGAAGAUGAUUCAGAUUUUGAUGAAGGAGGAUUCUACGAAGGAGAAGAUGGAUUUGACCACUUAUCAGAACAAGGUCAAGCCAAUCUACAACGUAUGGAAAAUUUAUUAGGUCAAGGUGAUGGUCAGUUACCAAAUAAUAAUCAUGCAGAGAAUGGAGAUGAUGCUAUCAUAGAUGAACAGUUCGAGGAUGCUGAUGAAGAUGAUGAUAUGGAACAAUGAACAGUUACCCAUACAAAAUACAAAUGCUAUGAAGUCAGUAACUUAAUGGGUACCAGUGUGAAUGGCAGUUGUCCAAUGUACAGUUCCAUUGAUCAUUAUUGUAUAUAGACUUCAUAUCAUUCUUUACAUUGUUCAUAAACUGUACUGAACAAAGAUAAAAGGCCCAAAUACAUUCAGAAUGUAGAACUGUAUAAAGACUCAAGGACCAUUUCUAUUAAGAAUAAAAAAAUUCAAGAUUUUUUUAAUUUGUUAGCAAUUCCUGAGUGUCAUUCAAACUGAAUGAAAUUUUUAUUGAAAGAAAUUAAAAAAAAAUGUAAUGCCCAUUAAAUAUGGAUGAUGGCAUUACGUUGUCUGUCUGAGCAUAUCUUACAAUAACUCAAAUGUACUUUAUUGAAUCCUUGCUAAAUUUCUACACCAUGUUGGGUUACUUAAAAGCUGGCUAUUUUCCAUUAAAAAGAAAUUUCUGAGCUGUAUCAGCGUUAUUGGACUGAAAUUGUCAAAAACUACGCAAAUUUACAUGUGUUUGUCAGUAAUUAUGUUUUGUCAGGACAAGCUUCCUGUUGAUUUGAUAUUGAUAAUUUUUCAGACAAUAUCAGGAGUUAUUGGAUGUUAAUCUUCACAUAUUUCUAAUUUUUUUUAAUCAUCUUCAAAAGCUAUGGAAUUUUCAUAUGUCUGAUGAUAAUUUCUCAAAUUUACCCUCACUGAUCACAUGAAAGUUAUCACAACGUCAUUGCUUUAAAAUUUAUUACCUCCCUUUGAUGUUAAUACUAAACUGUUGUCAGACAAAGUUAUUAUGGCCUAACAGGACUUUAAUCUCAAUAACUGUUCAUAUUUUUCAUGAUAAUUUAAGUAUGCUUUCAUGAAUUCUUAUACAAUCCUUACACACUGUUUUGUUCAUUUAAUAACAUUAAUUUGACAAACAAUGUAUAUUUGUACUGAUUUCUAGAUGAGUAUUUCAUGCAUGCCUGGAACAGCUAUUUUUUUUUCUUUCCAAUAAAUCAAGGAUAUGCUCCUAGUACAGAAAUGUACACAAAGUUUACUAUUAACUGUAUCUAUGCACAUUUUCAUUGAAGUGAAAAAUGAAUCCAAUAAGCCAUCUUUAAAAGAGGAAUUAUAAAAUACACAUGAACAGUUUUAGAAUCCUUAAAGAAUUCAGUGACUCUUUUUAAAGAAGAUAGAUUAUUCAUGUAACAGCUAAUGUACUAGAUAUGCAGAUCUUUUUUCAUGUUUGAAUUUAUCAAUUCUCAAUAUAGUGCUUCAUAAUUGUGUAUUAUUUACAAUAAACAUUUUACAAUAAAUAUUGUAUGUA